CCUCCACUCCGCUGGCUCUCGGGCGAGAUUGGGGCUGCGGCUCUUGGGCAGUAGCUAGCGGCCAGGCGGGCAGGGGCCGGCAUGGGGGCCGGCAUGGCCCGCCGCGGCUCCCUCCUGCUGCUGGGCCUGGUAGGCCUCCUCCUCGGGCGGGGCUGCUUGGCCCAGGACGCGGUCUUCAGCCCGAAUUGGGGCUUCACGUCCUACGAAGUGAUCAUCCCCAGGCAGCUGGUGACCCGCGGGGGCGACCCCCAGUUGGCCAGCCGCAUCUCCUACCUCCUGCGCAUCGGGGGCAAGAAGAACAUAAUCCACCUGCAUCCCAAGAAACUCCUGCUAUCGCGACACCUCCGCGUGUUCACCUUCACGGAGGACGGCAUCCGAGUGGAGGACCAGCCUUACGUCCCCAGUAACUGCAACUUCCAGGGGUCCGUGGAGGGGUCCCUGCGGUCAGACGCCACGCUGAGUACGUGCCUCGGCGGCCUCCGAGGGAUGCUGAAGCUCGAGGACGCCUUCUACCAGAUCGAGCCCAUCCAGGACUCCUACAGCUUUGAGCAUGUUGUCUAUCGCCUGAAGGACGAUCUCUUCACCAACUUCACCUGUGGCUUAACCGAGGAGGAAAUAGGCAGGCAGCUGAGCAAGCUGCAGAACGGGCCCACCUCUAGAGCUCGUUCUUGGACUUCUUCCUACGUUCACCAAAAGUAUAUGGAGGUGAUGAUCGUGCUGGAUAAACUUCGGUAUAACUUUUUAAAGUCCAAUUUAACAAAUGCCAUCAGCGACACUAUUGUCAUGACAGGUAUCAUGGACACGUACUUUCAAGCUCUGAAUGCCAGAAUACAGUUAAAAGCUAUUGAGGUCUGGACGGAUGUUAGCAAAGUAAAUACCAGUGUGAAAAAACUGAUACAAGUUCUUGACCAAUUUUCCAAUUAUAGAAGGGAUAUCCUACAUAAACGAAUCAGAACAGAUUGGACACACUUAUAUAUACAUAAAUAUUAUCCUGAUGCAUUGGGAUGGGCCUUUGUGGGAAGUGUCUGCGAUAGGGGUUACGGAUCAUCAGUCAGCACUUUGCCAGAUAAAAACUUGGUUGCUCCUUCUACGUGGUCUACGCAUGAAUUAGGCCAUGGCGUGGGCAUGGCCCAUGAUACAAAAGGCUGUUUUUGUCGAGGGAAAACACAUUGUAUCAUGGGUUCUGGUGGAAGAUUUGGUUUCAGUAACUGCAGUUUUGUAGAUUAUUUCAACCUUGUGUCUGUGAAAGGUGACUGUCUAGAUAAUAUUCCAGGAUAUCAAUAUUCUGUAAAGAGAUGUGGAAACAAAAUAGUAGAUGAUGGAGAGGAGUGUGACUGUGGUACAAUAGAGGAAUGUAAAAAGGAUAUGUGUUGUCAACCUGAUUGUAAAUUGAAACCCGGUGCAGACUGCAACACUGGUUUGUGCUGUAUGGAUUGUCAUUUCAAGCCAUCUGGAUAUAUAUGUAGAGGCAAACACAAUGACUGUGACCUUACAGAAUUCUGCAACGGAACUUCAAAUCUAUGCCCAGAUGAUUUUUAUAAGCAAGAUGGAACCCCAUGUGGUAAGGAAGCCCGCUGUUACCAUAAGGGAUGUAAUGAUCGCUUUUUACAGUGCAAAAAAAUUUUUGGAUCCAGCGCCAGGGAUGCCCCAUUUAAAUGUUAUGAAGAAGUACACAGAAGAAUUGAUCGAUUUGGUAACUGUGGCCUCCUAGGCCGAAGUUAUAAAAGGUGUAGAAUGAAAGAUAUGUUGUGUGGAAGACUGCAGUGUGUUAAUGUGAAGAGCAUCCCUGAAAUGCCUGAUCAUACAACAAUCGUUUUUACUCAUCUGAAGGAGUUUAAUAUUCGGUGCUGGGGCACAGACUAUCAUUCCUCAAUGCGUGCAAUGGAAUUACGUGAUGAUGGAGCUGUGAAAGAUGGCACUACCUGUGGUAGGAACUUGAUAUGUAUUGACCACACUUGUCACAAUAUUUCAGUACUCAAAUAUGACUGUCCCCCAGAGAAGUGCAACAAACGAGGUGUUUGCAAUAAUAGGAAAGAUUGCCACUGUUACUAUGGAUGGGCCCCUCCCUUCUGUGAGACUCCAGGUUAUGGAGGAAGCAUUGACAGUGGGCCUGCAGGAAAAGUGAAAACAGUUUCCAAGCCAGUUAAAGUUGUGCCCAUUAUGUCCAUUCGACUUGUUUUGUUAGUUAUCUCAUUGGUUGUGGUAAUCUUAAAAGCAGUGAUAGCAAAAUUCUUAAAACAAAGGGCAAAAGGGAUAGUUCAUUUAGCAAAAAAACCUCUGACAAGGAACAAAGGGAAGAAUAUGAAAAAGAGCUCAGAGAAAAAACCCAAACCUCCCAAAUGAAAUUAUUCUUAAAUUAGCUUUUAUAAGAAAUAACUUCGCUAAAUAGCCUCUGUGGAAGGUAAGGAUGGCUACUAACUGUUAAUUUUAUUGUUUAUCAUUCAAAUUCUCUUUGCCAUCUUGGGUUUUUUCUCAGGUUUUGAUUAUCAAAUAAAAACUGACUUCAUAUUUGAA